AUGAAGAGAGCGCCGCAUCGAAAAUCCCGUGCUGGUUGCGCGCAAUGCAAGAAGAUACACAUCAAAUGCAACGAAAUCAAGCCGAGGUGUGGAAGAUGCGAUCGAUUGGGUCUGGAGUGUGAAUAUAGGCCCGAUCCGGCCACUUUGAAGCCCGAAUCAUCUAUCUCGUCGGUAAAUUCGACUUCUCGGCCAGUAUCGCCAAUCCCGCCAACGCUUUCGGUCACAAGCCAGCAGCCUCUAUGCAUGCUUGAUUUGGAACUCUAUCAUCAUUUUGUGUUUACAUAUAGCAGUAGCAUGAGAAGCGACAAAGCUCAUCGUGAAGAAGUUGGUCGGAAAGUCGUGGACAUCUCUCACCAGCACAGCUACGUUCUACACAACUGCUUGGCUCUUUCUGCCCUGCAUCUCUUCAAACAGAACCGUACCAAAACAGAGCUAUGGGAGCGAGCAUGUUAUCUGCAAGGAAUCGCUAUCGAGCAGGUCCAACCCAUUCUGAUCAAUAUGACACAGGAUGAUAGCAUUGCGGCUUUGAUCUUCGCGAGCAAUACGGCAGCAUUCAGUCGCGCCGAGUACAUGCUGAACCCCCAUCAGCUGCAAGAUAACACUGAUCCCAUCGAUAAGAUCAUUGAGAGUUUUCAACUCAGCCGUGGUAUCAACAUGGUCGCCGCCAAAUACUGGCCAUACCUCAAACACACCUGGAUCAAUAGCAACAUCCCAGAUCUGGUAGAUGAUCAAGAAGAAGAGAUGCGAAACUCGCUGAAGGACAAGUUCACGACAUAUCCAUCCAUCAAUGCUCUCGCCUUGGGCCAGGAAGAUCCGGAACGAAGUAAAGUCGCGCUCCAAACGGUCGACAAGACUUUCAGAUAUAUCGCGCAUCUGAUGGACGAUGGUUACAACUAUCCGACACUGAUAUAUCUGGUAGAUGCUUGGUCUGUGACGCUACCGACAGUAUAUCGGGAAAUGCUCGAGGAGAGGAAGCCAGUCGCACUUGUCAUUCUGGCUUAUUAUGCUGUCCUUAUCUCACUGACUCCGGAAGUUUGGCAUUUGGAUGGCUGGCCCACUCUUCUCAUCAACAGGAUUGCUGAUAUUCUCGGUCUGGAAUGGUCGGAGUUCUUACGCUGGCCGCAAGAGAUAAUCUUCGGAGGAGACCGAUCACAUCAAACUGCUCCAAAAGCCUCACUCAUUGAUCGGACCAAUUAA